UCGGUAUUACACACAGAUUGUAUAGUGUAUUGGGUUGAAACUUGAAACUAAACACAACACAGCACACUACAUUAUAUUUAUUUUGUGAUACAGUGAUUCUCUUAAAUUUAAAAUAUUAAUUUUUUAGUUUUUAACAAGUUUUCAGCAAUAAAUACUUUUAAACUAUCCAAAUAUGUCGGGGCGUGAAGGAGGAAAAAAAAAACCUUUAAAAAACCCUAAGAAAGAAUCUAAAGAAAUAGAUGAAGAUGAUUUAAAAAUGAAACAAAAAUUAAAAGAACAACAAAAAGCAUUGAAUGAUCUUAAAACAAAAGCUGCUCAAAAAGGACCAAUGGUCAGUGGCGGUAUAAAGAAAUCUGGCAAAAAAUAAUGUACUAACUAUGUAAUUAAGAAAAAAAUAUUUAAACAUCCUUUGUUAAGAAUCAAACCUGCUGUAUGAUGUUUUCAAAUUAAAAUGCAAUUGUAUGUUAUUUACCAUAAUAAUAAUUACAAUAUUAUUUUAUACUUUAAGAGUUGUUCACUAUUCUUAUAGUUUCAUAAGUUCAAAAAUGUAUAUUAAUUAUUCAAAUGUAACACAUCUACUUCAUUUAAAAUAAAGGGGUGUUUAUAUUCAA